AUGAAACGUGAAGGCCGUUUGUCGAGGCCAUGGCUUGGCGGCGUGAUGUUGGAGCUCGCACUUGAAUUCCACCUUGUUACCUUCUUCCUCCUUCUCAUCAACUUCUGUGACCAGCUUGUCGACUACUCCGACCAGUCUCUCACCUUCCCAGACCAAUUACUCAGCUUCUUCGACCAGUUUCGCGACUUCAUCGACCAGCGCCUCGGCUUCACCAACCUGCUUCUCCUCGACUUCAUCGACUCGCUUCUCAACUUCUCCGACCAGUCAUCAUCCUCUCAGACGGGCUUCACUAUUUCUUCGACCAGCGUCGCAGUUUCUGCAAUGGUUCCGCAACCGGCUCGACCAACUCCCUUCUCAGCUCCUGCAAUGGCUCCGCAACCGGCUCGAUCAACUCCCUUCUCGGCUCCCUCCUCAGUUCCCUUCUCGGCUCCCUCCUCAGCCUCCUCACACCUACCACGACACACCGACGACAUGACAAUUUCGCAAUUGAUCCGAUCGGCUUCCGCCUCGGCUUCGUCACAUCCACCACCACCACAGAACAGCGACACGAUGGCAGCCUUUCCAUUCCUCGAUUUGCCACCCGAGAUAAGAAUCAUGAUAUACCGCGAGCUGCUCGUUGGCGAUCUCAUGUCGAAGCAGAUUGACACCGCGAUCUUGCGAGCGUCAAAGCAACUCAAGACUGAAGGCGAGGAUGUUCUCUACGGCGAAAACGAGGUGUGGGGCGACUUGAUGGUCAUCGACGACGACACUGUCUUCAGGACACAUGUGCCUGGCAUUCUCGACAUAUGGGGCGGCAUUGAGCCGGGUCGGACUACUCUCAUUGACCACAAGAUCAUCAAAGAGCGUCGACCCCUCGGUGCUGUCAUGAAGGUCUUCUCUACAAUUUACGCCAAGUUUCGUCGAUUUCGGUUCAACCUUUGGAUCGACGACUGUGAGAGCGAGAGGUAG